AUGGAUGCCACAAAAGGACACAGUGAAUUUCUGUCAACAGAAAUCCCACGAAAAAGAAAAAUACCACAAGCUGAUUUAGUUUCAUUAAGAUUAACAAUACAAGAAGAAUCAAUAACAAAAUUAAUUAGUUCAUCAUCAAAUUCAACAACAACAAAUGAAUCAUCAAUAUCAAAGAAAACUUCAUCAACAACAUCGGUAGAAAAUAAUGAACGUUUAACAUCAUUAUCAUCAUCAAAUACAAAUAUAGUCGAUAAAAUAAAAUUCUUUGAUUUUUCAUCAUUAGUUUCAACAUCAUCAUCAUCAUUAACAAAGUAUCCAAAGAAUAUGACAAUACCAAACUAUCUAUACAUAACAGUUAUUCGUUUACCAAAUUAUGCAAAUUCAUCAAAAGAUGUAUUAGAUGAAGCUUCACAUUCAAUUUAUCAUCAAUAA